UCUCGCGGAUUUCUCUUCUUCACCAUGGCGCGAUGCGCUCCUCCUGACACCGGCACCAAGGAUGAUGGUGACGGAUGAAAGAUGGAUAAACUAUCCGCGAGCAUUAACGGACUCCCGUGGAGCUCCGUGGAGCUGCCGCUGGACGUGAUCGUGAGCAAAUUCCGCCUACCGACACUCGUGCGGCUGAGCCACGGUGAGAAUGUGGAGGGUUUAUCAGAGGAGGACGUGAUAUUUCUUCACUCCUGCAGACAGUGGACCACAAUCACUGCCCACAGCCUAGAGGAGGGUCAUUAUGUGAUCGGACCCAAAAUAGACAUCCCACUACAGUAUCAAGGGAAGUUUAAGCUACUGGAUCAGGAUCGGGAUGUACGUGAGCCAGUUCAGUAUUUUGGAAGUGUGGAAGAAAUCGCGGAAAUCUUUCCUGAUCGUGUGUUCGUCAUGGAGCCCAUUACGUUCAGCGUUAAGGUAGUAUCUGGGGAGUUCACGGAGGACAGCGAGUUGUAUAAUUUCUCUCUGCAGACGGGAGAUGAACUAACUCUGAUGGGCCAGGCAGAAUUGCUCUGCGUUCAAUCAACUCGUGAGAAAUCCCGCCUAACCACGCUGCUACGUCGACUGGGCAAGGCGAGUGGAGCUUUGGGACGUCCCGCACGCACAAAGAUGCCUUGUUUGAUAUGCAUGAAUCAUCGAACAAAUGAGAGCAUCAGUUUGCCGUUCCAUUGCCGCGGGCGCUUCUGCACACGUUCGCCGCAGGAGUUGCAAAUGCAGGGUGGCGAAUAUACCGUACGUAGCAUAAUCGAGCGUGUACGACUACCUGUGAACGUAUCUGUGCCAUCACGACCUCCUCGAAACCCGUACGACCUGCACGCGAUCCGUGAGGGCCAUCGUUAUAAACUUCUCAGCAUCAUCAGCAAAACUGUCGUUCUCUGCUGUAUACUUCGCAAAGAGGAAGUUAGUCCGUCUCACUUCCUGUUAUUAACGGACAUGCCUCGCUUUGCUCUGCCGGAUGGUCUUUUAUGCGUGGAUGCUUCCUACCAGCAGGUGGUGCUACAGUGCGCGUUGCGGUGCCAGGAGAGCUUCAACCCGGACGAUUAUUCGCGUGCCGUGCGCGAAGUGAAGACAGAUUUCUCAGAGGAGUGUCUAAGCCCACGACGGAUUCGAGUUUGCGUUCAAGGCUACGGCCGUGACGAGCUCGGGACGUCCUUACAGGGACUGUCUUUGUGCAUGUACGGAGGCGGAGCGGUCACGCACACUCACACAAUCUCGCAUGGCUGCAGAGACUCGCUGCUCGAUGCACAAACACUGCCCUCUAGUGACGGUGACGGAGAGGAACGAGAAUACGUCAUGCCGGAUUGGUCAACAGAGACGCAGGAGAUUCCGUACGAGGAGCUCUGGACCGAUCAGACUUCGGGAAGCUUUGGUGUGACUUCUGAGAGCGGUGUGAAGGCAGAGCAUAACCUCAUAGCCUUUCACUCCACUACCACAUCAUUGGAUGGAACGAUGGGAUCCACCCAGGUUGCCAUGGUGCAGAUGGAAGCAGGAAGAGUGUCGAGAGCAUCGACUCCACCUCCCGUCCCACCCAAAUCAGAAGCUGUGAAAGAAGAGUGUCGUUUCUUAAAUGCUCCUCCUGUUCCUCCCCGCUGUGCUAAAGGCCCCGCCUCCAGCCCUCCAGUCCUGCCCUGUUUCCCUAAAACUCCACCCACACAGACACUUAGCCCAAACCUCUUUUAUUCAUCUGGACUGCAAGAGAGUUCUGCUCCUCGUAGUGGCAGUAGCUCUCCGUCACCUGACUCUUAUUCUCUCUACUGUUACCCGUGCACCUGGGCUGACUGUGUGACCUCUGACCCCUGUGUAAGCCCUGAUCCCAUCCAGCCUGCACAGGCCUGUUGGUCCAACCCCAGAGGAGGCGGGGCCUACACCUCCAACAUCUUAAAUACACCUCUUCUGAGCACUAACUCUGCCCAAAAAAACUACUCCACCUGUCCCAGGCCAUGCCCGGUGGCGCAGAACCGCUUCGCACCAUUUGGCGCUCUAAACCCUUUUGCCAAUCCAGGACAUGCCCACAGCUCCUCAGAUUGGCUCACUACUGGUAGGAACUCCCCCACUCUGAUAACUGACCUCAUUAGCUCCACCCCCCAGGAGCCUCAAGCCAAUCAGGGAGGUGCAAAAGUGGUUCCCGAGCCUCCGCCCAGACCAUUCAAGAGUUCAGAAGAGGACACGGUCACAGUAAACCCCGCCUCUGUAUCAAUUACCAUGGUGAGAGGGGCUGAAGGCGGGGCUGGGUCAUCAUGGCGACCCCCAGCGGAGCUGUGCUGGCUUUCUGUGGAGGAGGUUUCGUCCAGUCUGCGGUUCAUCGGCCUUUCAGAUGACGUGGUUGGUCUGUUCAGCCGAGAGAGAAUUGAUGGCUCUAUUUUCACCCAGCUGACGGAGGAAAUUCUGUCUGAGGACUUUAACCUUACAAAGUUACAGGUCAAAAAAAUCAUGCAGUUCAUCAAGGGAUGGAGACCCAAAAUAUGAAGAGCGCGGGAAUGUGUGUGAGUGUGUGAGUGUGUGUGUGUUUGUAUUGGAGGCAAAGGGAAUGAAAGGGCAGCGUCCUCAUAUUCCAAUGAAUUUUUGGAUGAUUUUAUCUUAGGGGUCAUUCCUAGCAUGCAGUACAUUUUCAUGCCUCAAUCAUACAUCUAAAAUAUUUGAUACAAUAUUAAACACUUAAUUUUCCCACAAUUUAACAAUUAAGUGAA